GUGACUAUUGCCCUAUGCAGGCUGAGGAGACCUGCUCACGCUGUGGGCCCUGUGGAUAGACCCACCGCUACUUACCAGCUGCAUAAACAAUCCAGUCUCUUGUUGACGUUGCUUGAAUAAGCAGUUAAAAUGCUUUCUUGAGGUCUUCUGAGGACAGGGAGCAGAGGGAAUCUUCCCAUGGAACGCAGUUGUUUUCUGUAUUUUGACCUGCAUAACCCAAGUUACUCUGUCACAUCAAAGGUUUUUACAUAAUAGUAAUCUCGGGAGUGAUGCUGGAAAAAAGGAAAGGGUGAAGCUUUGGGUUUUUUUAACAUAAACCUUAAGUAAGAGGAAGAUAUGCUGAUAACCAUGAAAGCUAAUUAUGUAACAGACAAAAUAGAAGAUAAGUAGAUUAACCUAUUAAUAUGAUGCAAAUUGUUUCUUUUCUCAAUUUUGUUAUUAUUUCUUGCCUUGACCUAAGAAAGUUUUAAAAAGCCAGUAACACUUAAUUGCUGAUUGUCUACUCUCCUCUAAUUAUUUUUUUGUAUAUCUAGGUUGGCUCUACCAUGUUAGAUAUUCUUCAACAUAGGUAUCUCCAAAUUCUGAUCUGUAACUAGAAGCCAAAUAUUUCAUAAGCCUUUUGAGCUUUCUAAACUCCCUGGUUAGUGGAGGCUACUGGCUCACUGGGGAAUGUUUUGAUUGAUUAUACUGCAGAUAAGAACAGCCGUGGUGGCUCAGAUCAAUGGUCCACUGAGCUGUUUCCUGCUUUCUAAAAGGAGUUAGCAGCAGAUGCCAAGACAUGUGCGAGGGCUGGGUAAACUUCAAAUAAACACUCUCCCUGCCUCUUAACUGUUUUCAGCUGAGUACAUUUCCUAAGCCUGAUGUAUUUGUCUCUUUACCCUCAGGUAACUCAGCUCUCUCUCCCCCAGGGAUUUGAAUUUGCAAACUUUCUGCACCAGCAACGUGCUUUGACAAGAGUCCUGCAGGUCUGGCACUCAUGUGAAGAACUAUUUUAUUAUUAUUAAUUUUGUGACCUCAUUCCUACAAGCUUCACUGGCCUCUGGUUCUUGUCUUAUGAGAGACUGAACAAUCCAUCCCCAUCCAUCUUCUCCAUGCCACUCAUGAUUUCAUGGACCACUAUCAUAUCCCCUCAUGUUAUUCCUUCUCCCAUGCUGAAAAGUCUCAGACCACUCCAUUGUUCUGCAUGGAGAAGCUAUUCCAUAUAUCUGAUCAUUUUUAUUGCCCUUCUUGGAUUGGCUAUGGAGUUACACAGUUGCAAUAUAUUCUUCUCUGGCUUGUUCUCUACUCCUACUACUUCUUCCCUCCUCCUCGCACCAAAUUGCUAAUUUUUGAGUUAGACAGCAUUUCAAGAUGGAUUGUGUUUUCUCAGAAGAUGCAUGAGUUAGCUAUUGAAAUUUAAAUGAGAUCUGUUAUAUAAUUCAUCAGGGAUUAGUCAAUGAUGGCUUCAGUCUCAUUGAUUUCUGUUUAUACCAUUAAAACCUCAAAACUACCACAUCUUAUGAGACGUUAUAAGCAUGUACUGCUUCAUAAGCAAAUUUAUACCAGAACUGGUUAUCUAAUCAUUUAUUACACUAGAGGGUUAGAUGAACUGCAUAAUGUAUCAAAUAAUUAGUAUACCAUGCUAGAAAAUGUUCCUUGUUCUCUUGAGCAAGUGUAUUUUCAACCAGCUGUUUGGUUUCUGGAUGUGAUGCCACCAUAUCUGAGUAGCUACACAUUUCCUGUAGCUAAAAUUAGAGAAGAUGAGAGUAAAAAAGUAUCCUUGAGAUCAUUCUGUCCACCCCUCUGGUACGCAGGUUGGAAUUCCCAUUAGAAUGAGAUAAGAAUUGAGUGAAGUCAGUGUCCAAAUUACAAGUAACAGGAAAUAUUAUAGUCCCUAGAAAUAAGGAAGGGGUAAAACUCCGGCAGUACUGCCAAACCAUGACACACUGAAACUGCUUAGAAGGCCUCAAAGGUGAGCUUGUGCUUCCAGAUCUGUAGAAGUGAAUCUGAUCAGGAACUCAGAAAAUGAAUGUGUUUAUAGAAGAAGAGCUUUCAUUUACAUAGCUUUAAUUGGGAAUGCUGUAAAGAUUCACGAUGCAGUUCAGUCAUCCUCAAAGGAGACACUUGUUUACGAUGAGCUUCAGGACAAGACUCUCAUCUUUUACAAAGAAAUGCAAUUAAGUAUUUUUCCGUAUGUCAAAGACCUGCAUGAGAUCAGAGGUAUUAAUAACCUGGUAAUGAAAAGCUGAUUUUUUAACAUCUGCUAUUAAAUGAAUGAAAACACAGCAAUAAAAAAAGAAAACGAUCUUUAGCAGUUCAUAUGAUCUGAAGUGUGAUCUGUAUUGGUAUAGAUCUACGUUGGUAUAGAUCCCGUUACAUUGAAGGUAUUGGAAAUCUUACGAAUCCACGAAAGGAAAAGGUCAUGCACCGCAAAGUUGCCCUCCUUUGGACUGAAGCCACGCACCUCACACCUUGGAGAGUUUGCUCACACCAGAGUGUUUUGCAGACCUGUGCAGACAUGAGAACCCAUCUGCAGGGAGAAUCCAGAUUGUUUCAAGAAAAAAUCCAGAGGAUGUCCAGGAGUCUCUUACUACAGUUGAGGAGAACCUGGAUAGUUGAUGAAAGAAGAGCCCAUAAAUGAAUUCAUUGCAUCUCUGUGUGGUCAAACAGUUACUGAUUAGUGGCUUGGCAGAGAAGGUUAAAAUACCCUAUCAGAAUUGGAGAUGAUCACGGAUCUAGUUUUAGAACUGCAUUACUGUAGCUACUGUUUGUAGCUUGAUGUUCACCUUUUCCAGGGAGACUCCUGAAUUGAACCUAUCCAUGAGCACAUUCUGCCAUUACCUUAAUCUUCAUUUGUGGGAAAAAUACUUUAUAGCAGCUGUUGAUGAGCCAUUCAUCAGAAAAAAAUUAUUUCCUUUGGAAGAGAUAUAGUGACUUUAAGAAACUGCACAAAGAUCUCUGGCAAAUUCAUAAAAACCUAUGCAGACAUACAGAACUCUUUCCACCUUUUGCCAAAGCAAUAGUAUUUGGGCGAUUUGAUGAAACUGUGAUUGAAGAAAGAAGGCAAUGUGCUGAAGAUCUCUUGCAGUUUUCUGCUAAUAUCCCUGCUCUCUAUAACAGCAAACAGCUUGAAGAGUUUUUUAAGGGUGGAGAGGUACAUGAUGGGUCUGAACUGAUUGGUCCUGUUGAGCCUCUGUCUGACUCUCUUACUGACAACCUGUCUGACUGCAGCUCUGAAGUUCGAAAGGAUUUAAGUGGGCUUGAUGAUGUGACACUUACGAGCCAAUCGGAAUGUGGAGGCUUCUCCAGUGACAGUGACCUGAUCUCUCUGACAGUUGAUGUAGACUCCCUUGCUGAGUUAGAUGAUGGAAUGGCAUCCAACCAAAGUUCUCCCAGUAGAGCUGUUGGCCUUUGCCCUACUUCUGAACCCCCAGCACAAAGCACACUGGCGCCUGAGCAGGAGUGGAGCAAACCUGAAGGAGAGAAGGAAAGCCAUAGUCUGUUUACUGGAAGCUUAAAACCCAAGCCUGGCAAACAAGAUUACUUGGAGAAAGCAGGCGAGUUGAUAAAACUGGCCUUGAAGAAGGAGGAGGAAGAAGAUUAUGAAACUGCCUUCAGCUUUUAUAGAAAGGGGGUUGAUCUGCUUCUGGAAGGUGUUCAAGGUGAAUCAAGUCCAACUCGUCGAGAAGCAGUGAAAAGGAAGACUGCAGAAUACCUUAUGCGUGCUGAAAAAAUUUCCAGUCUCUACCAUAAAUCCUCUGAAGAUGCAUCUGUUUCUAUGCCUCCAGGAUCACUAAGUUCAAGGCCCUCUUGGAACCUAAGGAGCCCUGCCGAGGAACUGAAGGCCUUCAGAGUCCUUGGGGUGAUUGACAAGGUUUUGCUUGUAAUGGACACUAGAACACAGCAGACUUUUAUACUGAAGGGUCUAAGGAAAAGUAGUGAGUACAGCAGGAGCAGAACGACCAUCAUCCCCCGCUGUGUGCCCAACAUGGUGUGUCUGCACAAGUACAUCAUCUCCGAGGAGUCUGUCUUUCUCGUGUUACAGCAUGCAGAAGGAGGAAAACUGUGGUCUUAUGUCAGUAAGUUCUUAAACAGAAGUCCUGAAGAAAGCUUUGAAAUUCCUGAACCCAGAACAUCCAGUUCAACUAAAAUUUAUCUGGAGCAGCCGACACCUAGUCCUAAAGAAAUUGGUAGCAGCACUGAUUCCCGAGAAAGCUACGGGGAGAGCAUGCUGAAGGUGGUCCCGCUGAAGAGCAGCCUAACGCCAAGCUCUCAGGACGACAGCAGCAACCAGGAAGAUGGGAGUUCAAAGUGGAUGGACUCAGGAUCCAGCUCAGAAGAAGAGUGCACUACUAGUUAUUUAACGUUAUGCAAUGAAUAUGGGCAAGAAAAAAUUGAUUCUGGCUCUCUAAAUGAGGAACCGGUGGUUAAACUGGAGAGCGAAGGUCUGAAUACCAAAGGGAGAAGUUGCUUACAGAAAUGCAGUGUCAUUGGCAGUGAUGGCUUCACCUCUCAGAUUGCAUCUCAGGAACGAAAGCUUUUCAUUGAUGAUACUGAGUCAGAAAUAGCUAGCCCUACUAGGAUAUUGGACUCAUUAACUGAAUCAAAGAACAGCCCCAUGGAACUCUUCAGGAUAGACAGCAAAGACAGCACGAGUGAGCUCCUGGGGCUUGAUUUUGGAGAAAAAUUGUAUAACCUGAAAUCAGAACCUUUGAAGCCAUUGUUUUCUGUCCCAGAUCAGGACCAAAGCUUGGAUGCUCUAGAGAACAAAAUGAGUGUGAGAGGUCAUGACACCGUAAGCAGGGGUUCAAAUGACUCUGUGCCAGUUAUCUCCUUUAAGGAUGCUGCUUUUGAUGAUGUAAAUAGUGUUGAUGAAGGAAGGCCUGAUCUCCUAAUAAACUUACCUGGUAUGUCUGAUGAAACAGAAGAGGCAGCAGUGACAAGGCCAACAAAGUUUACAAAAACUGAGAGGGACAUGUUGGAAGUAAAGUUAUUAGAAACACCUGAUGUCUUACAAUUAAAUAAUUCUGCAGAGCCAUGCAAAGCAUUUGAUCAAGAGCCAAAUCAUGUGGCACCAGGAGUGGGUGAUCCUUCCCACGAGGAAGCAAAUGGACAAAGCGGUGUCACUCAGGGAGCUCUUGGGACCCUCUUUACAUCUGACCCAGAGGUAGGUAGUUCAGAAGACGGGGCUCUGUUUCAAGAGCUUGGAGCCUGCUCCUUAAACGUCGCAAGCAAAGAAGAAAGUUUAUUUGUUUCCAACCUGCUCUCAGGUGCUCAAGAUGAUAGCGUGGAGGGAGACAUGAUAAGAGAUGAAGCGGUGUUGCUGUUUUCUGAUCAAACUGAAGACUUUGGGAAAGAGGAAACAGACCCGGCUUUGUUACCAGCAGCUGGAAGUAAAAAGACAGCGCCAAAGAGGGAAGACAAAAUAGCAGUAGCAGGGGAGAAGGAAAUACAUCAAAUUUUUCAGGACCUCGACGAAAGAUUAGCGAUAACCUCCAGGUUUUAUAUCCCAGAGGAUUGUAUUCAGAGAUGGGCAGCUGAAAUGGUUGUAGCCCUUGAUGCUUUACAUAGAGAAGGAAUUGUGUGCCGCGAUUUGAACCCAAACAACAUCUUAUUGAAUGAUAGAGGACACAUUCAGCUAACGUAUUUUAGCAGGUGGAGGGAGGUUGAAGAUUCCUGUGACAACGAUGCCAUAGAGAGAAUGUACUGUGCCCCAGAGGUUGGUGCUAUCCUAGAAGAGACAGAAGCCUGUGACUGGUGGAGCCUGGGUGCCAUUCUUUUUGAACUCCUCACCGGGAAGACUCUGGUUGAGUGCCAUCCAUCAGGAAUAAACACUCAUACUUCUUUGAGUAUACCAGACCAUGUAUCAAAGGAGGCCAGAUCACUGAUUCAGCAGCUUUUGCAGUUUAAUCCUGCGGAGCGUCUUGGUGCUGGCGUUGCUGGUGUUGAAGACAUCAAGUCUCAUCCAUUUUUUGCCGUUAUAGAAUGGGCAGAUUUGCUGAGAUGAGAGAUGCAUGCCCUCUGAACAAACUCAGGUCAAGUGGACAAGUUUUUCUGGCACAGAAGUACCCUGACUUGCUUCUUUUGGAUGUCCCAAACCAUUUGGAUGUGAUGGCUAAAGGACGCUGGAGCAAUCGGGCCAAAACUGAACACUUUUAACAGGAAUCACUGGUUGUACCGGGUGCUAGCUUAUUUUUACGGCAACUGGUUGCUUCGUCUGUGUAAGUCUUUUCACCAAAGGGUGGUUUGUGAUGAAACUCCUGGGCAGCAUGUUCAGCACUGUUGAUUACAUAGAAACAGGAAUGCGCUCCUGGUGCUUUGUCUGGUGAUGGAAGUGUCUAUAGACCGUGCCAGUUGCAAGUAUCUUUUAUAGUGUCAAUAGACCAUUUCCCUAUGCUAAGUGCAGCUCUGGGGGGGCAGGGUGAAGAAGGAGCAAAUAAUUUAUUAAUGGUAUAUGCUGAAUAAAAUACUAAAAGGCUUUAUGCAAAAGUUGACACGUUAAAAAUAAUAUAUCCAUUAAAAAUUAAGAAAGCUGUUGCAUAAUACUGUGGAAUGUGUCUUGAAAAUGGCAUAUCAUUUCCCACUGUGGAAAGAGCAUAUAAAAGGCAAAUAAUGCUGUCAAAUGUUGUACUUUGUUGGCUGGCAAUGUCUGUUUAAAACUCUUGACUCUGUUGUAUGCGAUGAGCUACAUGUUAAAGUCACUACACAAAGGGAAAUCUUCUUUUCCUCAGCUGGAUGAACACUGCUUUAGCACUCUAAUAAGGAGCAAGAAAACAUAAGGCUAAAUAAACGUAUAGAUUAAAAAAGGAAAAACCCUUUUCUCAUCACUGCAGCCACCACUUUAUCACUUAAUGAACUUUACUUCCUUUAAGUGUCCUACUUUUAGCUGCUACUUCAGGAAAAACCCUUUCUGCUCAUGCUCUUCUGCUUGAGGAAGCUUCUGAACUCUCCUGUUUGUUUGUUAAUAGUCUUAAUAAAUCAAAGAAAGCCUUCACCCACUCCGCUGCUCGAACAGGAAGAAGCCCGGGAUUUGCUCAUGCCAAAUGACUAAGUGACAUCUCUGAGCAAACCCUAGUGGGUAAGACUUGGGUGUGGGCCAAUUAGCUGACCUGUUUGUUUGUUAGAAAGGCCUGGGGAAUGGGAGAAGAAUAUGAGAUGUGCAGAAUAUUCUGCUGUGCGCUGCGGUUGCUGCUAAGCAGCCAUGCUUGUAUGCGUUCCUGACGUACAAAUGCUGUAUGCUGUGAUGCUUGUACAGAUAGGGAUCUGUGGGUUUUUUCCUAAAUGUUCCCUUUGCUCUCACUCUUUUUUUCUUUUUCCUUUUUCUUCUUCUCCCCAGCUUUAUCCGGAGAACAAAGGGCAAAUUCCUUUGGGAAAGUGAGGUGACAGCAAUGAUUAUUGAAUUUACAACUCAAAAAAAAAAAAAAAAAGAAAAGUAUCCCUCUGUUUGUAUUUUAUGGGCACUCCCAAAAGUGCAUCUGCACAGUCUCCAUCUGUUAGACACCAGGUCGGUGUAUUCAAAUAAAGUGGAAAAGGAAAAUGCUUCACUUAAACAAAGGAAAUCUGGAAACUUUUUUUUUCCUUUUUAAAUUAUUCCACUCCCCUCUUUUUUCUUUCUUCCCUUUCUUGUGAUCACCAGGCCAGCAGAGGGGCUGUAACAACACUGCAGGUUGUAACCAGGUCACUAGUAUCACUGCCUACGGAGUGCUGUCCAAGAUUACAUCACUCUCAGAAACUGUGUAUCAACCUACCACCCUCUGGCUUCAUAACAGGAACUCCCUCAGGUGAGCCACAGGAACAACUUCCUGCACCGAGCGGGUCGGAAAUCUCUAAUGCGGAGACCAAGCUGAUCCAGAGCUUCCUUCCAGCACUGCCCUGGCUGUGACUUUGGAGAGGGCUCGUUGCUCAAGGGAAGCCUCCCUUCCCUCGUCCACCUCACUUCAUCCCUGGGGCUCUCUAGCCUGGCCACCAGAUAAUGUUGUUGCCCGUGUUGAUCCCUCUUGUUGCAUUUGCCUGGUGAUAACUGUAAAAAAAAAUAUAUUUUCCAUGUUACUUUUAAAUGCUCUCUUGUUCAGGUUGUGCCCGUGGGCCAGUUGCAACUAAAGGCAGGAUAAAAUAGCACAGGAGCACAAGCUGGUUUCCUUGAGCAGCAGAAGGAAAACACUGUUCUAGCAGAAACCAAUUGACCAGUCACUCUCACUGCAAAGCAUUUGGUUUAGUUAAUGACACAGAAAUAUUUCUUUUUCAAGUAUGUUAGUAGUGACGAAAUCUAGAUCAGGAGACUAGAAGGAAUGAGGUACUUGGCAAGACGGCUUGCCAGAAAUGAGCCUUUGAGAUGCUACAGGUUUUCGUAACCUUACCACUGACUCAGAUAAUGGUUUUGCUAAAGGAAGCACAGUCUGGAGUGAAUUGCACAGAAAAAUCCUGCUUCUAUUUUUUUUUUUUUUUUGCCUUUAACAUGUAUUAUGUUGUAUUGGUGUUUACAUGUGUUCCUUUAAUAAACAAAACCUUUCAAG